GGCGCUGCUGCCCGAGGGGACGCUGAUCCGGGAGCUGCUGCCCACAGCCAUGCAGCUGUGCAGACUCCGGACCCACCAGUGGUGCUUUGUUCUGUUCAAUGUCCUGCUGUUCCACAUGCUGCUUUUUGGGGCAGACUUGUUGGAGGAAUACUUCCUGCGGUCACUGCCUCUCUCCUACAGCGAUGCGAAGACGCUGGAGAUCAGGGAGCGGGCCAGGAGGCUGGACAUGGCCCCGCUGAAAGCCAACCUCUCCGGGUCUUACAGUGUCAGCAGCGCAGCAGCAUGCUCUGAUCAAGAGAUAUUUCUGCUUGUUCUCGUCUGCAGCAGCCCAGGAAACAGGACGAGGCGCAAUGCCAUCAGGCAGACGUGGGGCAAUGUGACGGACACCGCGGGUUACGCUGUCCUCACCAUGUUUGCUUUAGGAAGGCCGGCUUCGGCAGAAGCCCAGCUGGAGAUUGAUGAAGAGUCUCAAAAGCACGGAGAUAUUAUUGAGGGCAGUUUCAUCGACUGCCCUGAGACUCAGACGCAGAAGGUGAUGAUGAUUGUGGAGUGGGUGGUGACUUUUUGUCCUCAUGCAAGGUAUACUCUUAAGACGGAUGAAGAAAUGUUUGUCGGCAUUCCCAGCCUGGCUGGAUACUUGCUCAGCUUAACUCAGCUAGAGGAUGUCUACAGUGGGAGGGUCAUCCACCAGGGGGUGCCUGACAGAGACCCCCAGAGCCCGGGCUUUGUCCCCAUCCAUCAAUACCCAGAAGAGUUUUACCCGGAUUACUGUGACAGGAGAGCCUUCGUCAUGUCGCAGGACGUCGUGCGCAAGGUGUACGUGGCUGCCCGGGAGGUGCCAACUUCAGUGCCUGCCGACGUCUUCGUUGGGAUCUGUGCUAAGAAAGCUGGCAUCACUCCCAUCCACAGCUCUCGCUUCUCCGGGGAAAAGCACAUCAGCUACAAUCGAUGCUGCUAUAAAUUCAUUUUUACCUCUUCCAACAUGAGAGAAGAUGAGCUAUUUAAGGACUGGAAAGAAACAAGUGACGGGAAAGACUGCUCGCUACUGGAAACGUACUACAGCCUGGUGUCCUGCAGGGUUCUGACCUACAUCGAUAAGUUCAAACAGUUCAACUUAGACAGAAUUAAAAAUGAGGCUUUCCAUUUUUCUGAUUAAAAUAUAACCCUGGGGAAGGAAGGCUACGUUUCCUUCCACCACGCCUUCUUUCUUACCUUGUACACAUCAGCAACCUCCCCUCCAAGUUAGCUCUCUUCCCUUCAACAGCAAAUGAAUUAUUCAUGCUAUCAUGUUGCAGUAGCAAAAGCGUUGGAUAUAUUCUAGCUGCAUGCCCUUGUACAUGUGUGUGAAACAAGUAAAACGAGUACAAAG